GGCCUUAAAAUAACUGACUUUGCCUAUUGGCCAGGCCAUUACCAUUGCCAUUUCCGUUUCCAUUUCACUCAUCAAUAACGACUUUUCGGUCUCUCUCUGUGUCUAUCUAUCUCUGCAACAUCAUCACAACAUCAUCAUCAUAAUUUCUAAUCUCGCUGAAUUGCAAAUCUCAAAAAGCCCAUCUUAAAAAGUUGAGAAAAGCUGGCGAAACCCAUGCCCACAUUUACACACAGGGAGCAAUAAUUCGCUUUUUGUUGUUGUUGUUGUUGUUCCCUUUCUCUCUUUUUUUGCCAGCACUGUACCUCGUCCUCUCCAUACCCAUUUCUCUCGUCUCUUUCUUUUUCUAUAAUCGGCUUGUAGUUCUGCUUUAAGGGAGAUCUUUGCUUCCGGACAGCACAUUGUGGGAAUUUUAAAGGCUAUUCAAUUUUUUCUGUGCCAAAAGAAAGUGGUAACAAGAAGGAUUUACGGCAAUGUCUACCGCUGCAAAAGCUUUGGACCCUGCAUUCCAAGGAGUGGGUCAGAGACUAGGGACUGAAAUUUGGCGAAUUGAGAAUUUUCAGCCAGUCCCGCUGUUGAAAUCUGAAUAUGGAAAAUUCUACAUGGGGGAUUCUUACAUUGUAUUGCAGACAACACCUGGAAAGGGAGGCGCCUAUUUGUAUGACAUACACUUCUGGAUUGGAAAAGACACAAGCCAGGAUGAAGCUGGAACAGCAGCUAUCAAAACUGUUGAACUUGAUGCCGUACUUGGAGGGCGCGCUGUGCAGCACAGGGAAAUUCAAGGCCAUGAAUCUGACAAAUUUUUGUCUUACUUCAAACCUUGUAUUAUACCAUUGAAAGGGGGUAUUGCAUCUGGAUUUAAAAAACCUGAGGAAGAACAGUUUGAAACACGGCUGUAUGUCUGUAGAGGAAAACGAGUGGUCAGGUUGAAGCAGGUUCCUUUUGCCCGUUCUUCACUGAAUCAUGAUGAUGUAUUUAUCCUGGACGCUGAAACGAAAAUCUACCAGUUUAAUGGUGCAAAUUCCAAUAUUCAGGAAAGGGCCAAGGCUUUGGAAGUGAUUCAGUUUUUGAAAGAAAAGUAUCACGAGGGAACAUGUGAUGUUGCAAUCGUUGAUGAUGGGAAAUUAGAUACUGAGUCGGACUCUGGUGAGUUCUGGGUCCUUUUUGGUGGUUUUGCUCCAAUUGGCAAGAAAGUAACCAGCGAAGAUGAUACUGUCCUAGAGACAACUGCUCCUAAACUUUAUAGCAUUACUGAUGGCGAGCCAAAGAUUGUAGAUGGUGAAUUGUCCAAAGGCAUGUUGGAAAACAACAAAUGCUAUCUGCUAGACUGUGGUGCUGAGGUAUUUGUUUGGGUUGGUCGGGUGACGCAAGUAGAGGAAAGAAAAUCUGCCAGUCAGGCUGCUGAGGAAUUUGUUGUGAGCCAAAGUAGGCCGAAAUCAACACGCAUCACCCGGCUUAUUCAAGGUUAUGAAACACAUUCUUUCAAGUCGAAGUUUGAUUCUUGGCCAGCAGGGUCUGCAGCUCCUGGUGCUGAGGAGGGACGAGGAAAAGUAGCAGCUUUGCUGAAGCAACAAGGAGUUGGUAUCAAGGGAACGACAAAAAGUGCGCCUGUAAAUGAGGAAGUCCCUCCUUUGCUUGAAGCAGGUGGAAAGAUGGAGGUCUGGUGCAUCAAUGGCAGUGCCAAGACUCCAUUGCCCAAGGAGGAUAUUGGAAAAUUCUACAGUGGGGAUUGCUACAUCAUACUUUAUACCUACCAUUCAGGUGAUAGGAAAGAAGAUUAUUUCCUCUGCUGUUGGUUUGGAAAGGAUAGCGUUGAGGAGGACCAGAAGAUGGCUGCUCGGUUGGCUAAUACAAUGUCCAACUCAUUAAAGGGGAGACCUGUUCAGGGACACAUAUUUCAAGGCAAGGAACCACCACAAUUUAUUGCACUUUUUCAGCCUAUGGUGGUCCUCAAGGGUGGUUUGAGCACUGGUUACAAAAAAAUUAUCGAAGAACAAGGUUUGACAGAUGAAACAUACACAACCGAGUGUAUCGCACUCUUUAAUAUAUCAGGGACUUCUAGUCAUACCAAUAAAGCAGUGCAAGUUGAUGCGGUGGCCACAUCGCUGAAUUCUAUGGAGUGUUUCCUACUGCAAUCUGGUUCUUCAAUUUUCACUUGGCAUGGAAAUCAAAGUACAUUUGAGCAGCAGCAAUUAGCUGCGAAAAUUGCUGAGUUCUUGAAGCCUGGAGUUACUUUGAAACAUGCGAAAGAAGGAACAGAGAGCUCAGCCUUUUGGUUUGCCCUUGGAGGAAAACAAAGUUACACCAGCAAAAAGAUUUCUCAGGAAAUCAUCAGAGAUCCGCACUUGUUUACAUACUCAACAAAUAAAGGAAAAUUUGAGGUUGAGGAAAUUUAUAACUUUUCUCAAGAUGAUCUGUUGACCGAGGAUAUAUUGAUACUGGACUCACAUGCUGAAGUAUUUGUUUGGGUUGGUCAGUCUGUGGACUCCAAAGAAAAGCAAAAUGCUUUUGAAAUUGGCAAAAAAUACAUAGAGAUGGCUGUAACUAUGGAGGGGUUAUCUCCAAAUGUACCACUUUUUAAAGUUACAGAAGGAAAUGAACCGUCAAUCUUCACAACAUAUUUUUCAUGGGAUGCCACAAAAGCCAUGGUUCAAGGAAACUCGUUCCAGAAGAAGGCGGCACUACUAUUUGGGGUAGGCCAUGCUGUGGAGGAUAAAUCCAGUGGAAAUCAAGGAGGAACAACUCAACGGGCUUCAGCUUUAGCUGCUUUAAAUUCUGCUUUCAACUCAACUUCUGGGAAACCUGGUCAACAGAACCAGGACAGCUCCAAUGGCUCAAACCAAGGACCAACACAGAGAGCUUCGGCUUUAGCUGCCUUGUCCUCUGCUUUUAAUUCAUCCUCUGGAACCAAAACUCCUCCUCCAAAGCCAUCUGGGUCAGGUGGAACACAAAGAGCUGCCGCUUUGGCUGCAUUGUCAACAGUUCUUACUGCUGAAAAGCCGAAGAAAUCACCAGAUGCCUCUCCUUCCCGAUCCCAUAGCGGCCCUCCCUCCGAAGAAGCAAAGAGUGAAAAUGCCGAUUUUGAAGAAGUUGCAGAAGCCAAGAAUGCGGAGGAAGCUGCACCUGCAUCAGAAAGCAAUGGGGAAGAUUCAGAACGUACACCAGAUACAGAUCAGGAUGAGAAUGCUAGUGAAAGUAUUCAAAGCACAUUCAGCUAUGACCAACUGAAGGCUCAUUCAGAAAAUCCUGUUACUGGGAUUGAUUUCAAACGAAGAGAGGCAUAUCUGUCCGAAGAGGAGUUUGAAACCAUAUUUGGGAUGCCAAAAGAAGGGUUCUAUAAACUCCCUAAAUGGAAGCAAGGCAUGCAGAAGAAGAAAUUCGAUCUAUUUUAGAGUUAAUAUGCAUGGAAAUGAUUACUUCUCAUAUCUUGGCAGUCUAACUAUGAUUCAUUUUUGCUUCUCUGUUGUUUCAUUGAUGCGACAUGAUGGCUUUGUCGUGUCAAGCAUUUUGCUCGUUGCCCUUUUGAGAUGUAGCUGUUUAGUUAGUGUUAAUAUUGAUUGUGAUGCUGCAUGAGGAGUGAUUUUUUUUUUAAUUUUUCUUCUUUAUUUCUCCCAUUAAAAUUUCUUUUUCCCGACUCUUGUAAUUUUAUUGGAAUGCUGUUCUAUGAACAGUUGGGGGGUCAAAUUCUUUUAUUUCGUGGGAAUGUGUUUGAUUUUGUGGUUUUUUUUUUUAUUUUUUAUUUUGUUCAUGUAUUAAGAAAGGAGUGGAAUGUGGAUAUGUAUUUGCAGUUGUACUGAAUAUCUUUAUUUGAAGAAUGGAAAUUUGUUGUUUGUCA